UUAACUGGUAUAUGUGUGUGUGAGAGAGAAACCAUAAAGAAACAAGGAAGAGUGAGACAGGAAAAAAGACCAAACAAGAGAGAGGGAGAGUUCUAGUUAAUUCACCUAGACAGCAGACUAAAAGUUGUUGUAUUUUGAGUAGAAAGAGAUGGGCAGGCGGUGGCGGUGGUGGGUGAGAUGAUAUUUUUGGUGUCCUCCGCCGGGGCUGAAACCAUCACCACCAGUUGGAGCGGCGGAGGAGUAAUCAACAUCACCGGAAUCACAGUGUUGGCUGGAUUUGUAAUUGCUGCUGCUGCUGCUGCUAUGUAUUCUACCACUAGGGGACGUCUCAAAUCACCAUGGUCACGUAGAAAAAGAAAACAUGCACUCACUCCCCAACAAUGGAAAACUUUGUUUACACCAGGUGGAAAACUUCAAGAUGGUGUUAAAUUUCUCAAGAAAGUUCGCAGUGGGGGAGUUGAUGCAACUAUCAGGUCGGAGGUUUGGCCUUUUCUACUUGGAGUAUAUGAGCUAAAUAGUUGCAAAGAAGAAAGGGAUGAACUAAGAACUCAGGGGAGAAAGAAGUAUGAAAAAUUGCGGAGGCAAUGUAGGAAGCUUUUGAGGUGCAACACAGGUGAAAGCAGAAGCAAUGGGGAUAGUGAUUCUUUCACCCCUGACAUGGACUCUGCCGAAUCAGAAGAUGUCGUGAGCGCCAGGGAGUCCCUUUCUAGUGAGGAAGUAAAUUCAUCUCCCGUGUGUUUGGAUAAUGCCAUCACUUCAAUAUUGGAAGAAGAUGUGGGUGGUUCUACGAGAUUCAUAGAUCCAAGCAUUUCUGACUCCGAGUCCUCUGACUCGGAUGCUUCUCAGGAUGCUGAAGUCAGCCAAGCCUUUCCCUCCUCAGAUAGCAAGCAGGAUACUGAAGAGUCGCCCUCAAAGUCGGAAGUCCAAUCAAAGCUUUGUUCAACAGAGGAUUUUUCCUCUUGGCAGAGGAUCAUUCGCCUUGAUGCAGUUCGUGCCAACGGAGACUGGAUCCCAUACUCCUCAACUCAAGCGGAAGUCUCCGAGGAGCGGGCCCAACGAUCGGCGGAGGUCAUCGGCUUAAAAGACUAUGACCAUUUGGAACCAUGCAGAAUCUUCCAUGCGUCGCGGCUGGUUGCGAUUCUUGAAGCUUAUGCACUAUAUGAUUCCGAAAUUGGUUACUGCCAAGGGAUGAGUGAUUUAUUAUCUCCAAUAGUUGCAGUCAUGACAGAGGACCAUGAAGCAUUCUGGUGUUUUGUUGGGUUCAUGAGGAAAGCACGACACAACUUCAGGUUGGAUGAGACGGGUAUCAGGAGGCAGUUGAGUAGAGUGUCCAAAAUAAUCAAGUCUAAAGACUCGCAUCUGUAUAAGCACUUGGAGAAGUUGCAAGCGGAGGAUUGCUUUUUUGUGUACCGGAUGGUGGUGGUGCUGUUUAGGAGAGAGCUGAGUUUUGAACAGACGAUAUGUCUAUGGGAGGUGAUGUGGGCAGAUCAGGCGGCAAUAAGAGCAGGGAUUGGCAAGUCGGCGUGGAACAAGAUAAGACAGAGGGCACCACCAACAGAAGAUCUAUUGCUGUAUGCCAUAGCAGCAUCAGUGCUGCAAAGGAGGAAACAGAUAAUAGAGAAGUACAGCAGUAUGGAUGAGAUUAUAAGGGAAUGCAAUAACAUGGCAGGUCAACUGGAUGUUUGGAAACUCUUAGACGACGCUCAUGACUUGGUGGUUUCAGUCCAUGACAAAAUCGAGACAACGGCCUUCCAUAAUAAAUAGCCAUCCUCUGAUAUUCCAUAUUCAUGACUUCCUAUUGGAUGGACACCUGACCACCCUUGUAAUGGAGGAUGUAUUAGUUCAACCAGUCCCAACCCCUCAUAAAGAUCUACUAUAUAUUGGCAUUCUACCGGACUUGUUUGUUGCCAUUUCUUCUACCCGUUGUUUUUAGUAUUUUUUAGUUUCAUUUUGGAGGGAGGGAGGGACAAUUGUUGUAGUUUUUUACAAACACAUAUCCUCCAAGUAGCUUAGCUACCAUAACAAGAUUAAGAAUGAAUCCACAAACUUAAGUUCAAACCUCA